AUGGAGCCGUCGUCUCCGAUUUCUGUCAUCCGUCGCAGGGCCUACGCCCAUACCUUUGCACAAUUGGCCAAUGCUAGCAUUGAGGCGGAUUGCGAGCUUCAGGCGUCUUCCACGGACCCCUCUCAGGCCCUGUCGGGAGAUCGGCCGACAGUUGACCGCGAGCCUUUCCACCCUCGGACGCCCGUGGAACUUGAAAGCGUCCUCGCUCUCUUGGUUCUUUCCAUCUACGAAUAUACCCAGCGGGGCAAUCUUCUAAAAAUGCGCUACCGUGCCGGUCAAGCAUUGGCAAUCGCAUUGGAUAUGUCUCUUCACGCCUUGGGAGAGGAGCAUGAUGAAUUUGCGGAGGCGCGGAGGAGAGCGUGGUGGAUGACGUAUUAUUGUGUUUUGCAAGGAUCCAUUGUUAGCACAACGCCGCUUUCGAUCGUAGCCAAUGAUCCGCAAUUCGUAACACCUUAUCCGCGAUUCUCUGCGGAUCCAGAUGGAUGGUCCGUCCUAAUGCAAGCUCAACAAGUACUUGUCUCGGCGACUCAGUAUAUCAUCGACCUGAACAAAUGCAUCGCAACCAGGACCAAUAUGCAUUACAUCUAUGAACGCAUGCGACAGCUUGAUGCUUGGGCUAGUUCUGCGCUGGCGCAGUCCAAUUUGCUCCCCAUCGUUCCUCAAUCUGUAAACCGUGGCGGUGAUAUUGAAUACUCCAUAGCCCAAAGUAUUCGUGCAAUCUCGCGCAUUAAGAUAUCCAGCGCACAAAUCAAAAUUCAUCGCUUCAGGGCGUUCUCGGACAUUCCCAUCUUCAUCAAGAAACAUUGCGAUCUUACCGCAGCCAACGCCGGCAACGCGGCCCCAGGAAACCAAACCAAGCAGAGCAAGGCCGCCAGCGGGAUCAACACCAUCGGGUGCUCAUGUGGAGGAUUGGAACCACUUCAGCAGCCUCCAAGCGAACUUACGCCCUCAUCAAUGUCCUCGGCGUCAUCGGAUUACAACUCGAUGUCGCAGUAUUCAUUCACAAACGGGUUCCCUUACAGCUCUCAACACUCGGCCAAGAUAUGCCUUCGAGCAGCUCUGCUGAUCUCGCACAUGUUCCAGAGCUUACCGCUACCACGGCCACUGAGCGAAGGGGGCAAAGGCAUGCAAUUAAUGCCACAAAAUGAACUACCGCGAACCAUGCCAUCGUUUGCUUGCUGCUUGAUGCAGGGCAGCUAUGCCAUGUUGAUGAUCUUCUACAAAGCACGAGUCGAGAAGCAGAUGUCACCGGAUUAUGACAACAAAUCCAUGGACAAUCCCUCUGAUCGACUCAUCGAGGAGAUCCGCCAGGGUCUAGAACGCAUCAUUGCGACUGUGUCCAAUUACGCGAUUGCAUUCGAGGCGUUGGACGGCAUGAGAGAUGAAAUCGAAGGUGCAUAUCACACGGCGUUUCCAGAAGCGUAG